UCCCAUGCAAUUCUCGCCUAUUUUUCUCGACUUCACUUGCUCUGUGAUUAGCAUCUCUUCCAUCUCUCCGGUGGUUUUUCCUUUUUUCCGGCGUGUUUCUCCGUCAACAACCUUGUUCCUUCGCGAGUUUUCUUAUAGACUUUUAUUUGUUUUUCUUGUUCUUCGUUCUCUGAAGGCGUCAUCAUCUUGGUCCUGUGACUUGCUAUUAUAAAUCUCUGGUUUUUGGCUUGUUGAAUCUCUGUCUUCGUAGGAGAAUUUUGGUUCUUGUCAAGCUUUGUUUUUGAAUCUCUAUUGUUUGAAUCUGUUCUUCUGAAAUUUCGGUGUGGGAAUAGCUGAGUUACGUAGAGGCGAUCUAGCGUUCUUCUUCUCUUUCUCAGUUCUUUACUGCUUCUUUUGGGGGGGUGGCCGGGGCUCCGGCCUCGGCGUUUUUUAACGCCCCCUACUGCACAAACCAAAAAUUUAAACCCUUAGAUUCAGUUUUUUUACUAACCCAUACACAGAUCGGGGGAGAGAUGCCGGCCUUGACAUGCUACCUAGAUGCUGCAAUUCCUCUUGGUUAUGCUUUUGCCGGGGAUGGCUCUCUUCCCGCGCCGGAUAUACUUUCCGGUGCACCUCCGGCGACAAACACCACCACCACCACCUCCAUCCUCGACCACUCGCCCCAACUUUGGUCUCCAUCCCUGUCUGCCUCUCUGUACAGGAUUGAUGCCUGGGGUCCACCUUACUUCUCUGUCAACUCUUCCGGCGACAUUACCGUCCGUCCUUACGGUUCCGAUACUCUUCCUCACCAGGAGAUUGAUCUCAUGAAGGUUGUCAAGAAGGUUUCUGAACCGAAAUCCACCGGCGGAUUAGGUUUGCAGUUCCCUCUCAUUGUUCGCUUUCCAGAUGUCCUCAAGCACCGUCUCGAAUCUCUGCAGUCGGCGUUCGAUUAUGCUAUCCAUUCUCAAGGUUACGAAUCCCAUUACCAGGGUGUUUAUCCUGUUAAAUGCAACCAAGACCGUUUUAUUGUCGAAGACAUUGUUGAGUUCGGAUCGUCAUUCCGUUUCGGCCUCGAAGCCGGAUCCAAACCUGAGCUUCUCCUCGCGAUGAGCUGUCUGUGCAAGGGAAGUCCCGAGGCUUUCAUCAUCUGUAAUGGCUUCAAAGACGCAGAAUAUAUUUCACUUGCGCUGAUUGCGAGGAAGCUUAAUCUUGAUACGGUGAUCGUUGUUGAGCAAGAAGAAGAGGUUGAUUUGGUGAUAGAGAUCGGCCGAAAGCUGCUCGUCCGCCCUGUCAUCGGUCUGCGGGCGAAACUUCACACUAAGCAUUCUGGCCAUUUCGGAGCGACUUCUGGAGAGAAAGGAAAGUUUGGUUUGACGACGGUGCAGAUAUUGAAUGUAGUGAGUAAGCUUGAACAAGAAGGGAUGCUUGAUUGUCUGCAACUCCUGCAUUUUCACAUUGGAUCGCAGAUCCCUUCGACGACCUUGCUAGCCGAUAGUGUUGGUGAGGCUGCGCAGAUAUACUCCGAGCUGGUCUCUCUGGGUGCUUCCAUGCGAGUGAUUGACAUUGGUGGCGGCCUCGGCAUCGAUUACGACGGUUCGCGCUCCACCGACUCAGACCUCUCUGUUGGGUACGACCUUGAAGAGUACGCCGCCGCUGUAGUUCAAGCAAUCCGACAUGUUUGUGACCAGAAAUUUUUGAAGCACCCAGUGAUUUGCAGCGAGAGCGGGCGGGCAAUUGUGUCUCAUCACUCUGUUCUGAUCUUUGAGGCAAUGUCUGCUGCUGCAGCGAAUAAGCAGCCUAUGUCGUUAGACCUCGGACUACAGUACUUACUCGACGGAUUUUCUGAGGAAGCUCUAGCAGAUUACCGGAAUCUGACAGCAGCAGCUGUUCGCGGCGAUUCGGAUACCUGUUUGCUGUACUUUGAUCAGCUCAAGCAAAGGUGCGUCAAGCAGUUCAAGGAAGGCUCAUUGGGCCUUAAACAACUUGCAGCCGUAGAUGGUCUCCGUGAUUUAGUUUCGAAGGCGUUGGGAGCAUCAGAUCCAGUCCGCACAUAUCAUGUGAAUCUCUCUCUGUUCACUUCCAUCCCUGAUUUCUGGGCAAUUGGGCAGAUAUUCCCAAUAGUUCCAAUUCAUCGCCUCGAUCAACGCCCAGGGGUGAGGGGGAUACUAUCGGAUUUGACCUGCGACAGCGAUGGCAAGGUUGACAAGUUUAUUGGCGGUGAAUCGAGCUUGCCCCUGCAUGAGUUAGAUGGGGAAGGUGGUCGUGGUGGAGGAUAUUACUUGGGGAUGUUCUUGGGCGGAGCUUACGAGGAAGCGCUCGGUGGAUUGCACAACCUUUUCGGCGGCCCUAACGUGGUUCGGGUGUCGCAUAGCGAUGGACCCCACAGCUUCGCAUUAACUAGGGUGGUGCCAGGUCCGUCGUGUGGGGAUGUGCUACGGGCGAUGCAGCACGAACCUGAGCUCAUGUUCGAGGUACUCAAGCACCGUGUAGAGGAGUGCGGUCACGAGGACGAAAUGACCCGUGCCACUCUGGCUAGCGGGCUUGCCCGCUCCUUCCAUGCGAUGCCAUAUCUUACAUCAGCGGCUACUUGUGCGAUGGCAAACAAUAAUGCUUAUUAUUACUGCGGAGAAGCUAACAAUAGCGUCAAUGAAGACACUAGUGCUGCUGUUGCUGAGGAUGAGCAAUGGACCUAUUGUGUUGCUUGAGCUUCGCCAACAUCUUCUAUCUAUGGUUUGGUUUAUGUGUCAAUGGAGGUCGUCUGUGUUUUUUUUUUUCUUUCUUUGUUUUCAAGCAGGACUAAUUUCUGUAGUGGGAGGGGACGGGAACAGAAUCAAACUCCUCUGUAAUUAGGAUUCUAAUCCCCUUUUUAGUUUUCAAAUUAAUAGAUCUUUUUUCCUCUUUUUUUAA